AUGGCGGCGCCCGCCCGCGCCUGGCUCGUGUUCGGGUUCAGCCCCGAGGAGGCGGCCGGGGAGCUGGGCCCGGGCCCGGCGCCGCGGCGGCUGGAGGCGGGUCCCGAGGGGAUCCUCCGCGUGUGGCCCGCGUGGAGCUACGUGGUCGUGGAGACCGGCGCGGGGCUGGAGGUGCGGAGCGCGGGGCUGCGGCGGCGGCUGCCGGGCUGGGCCGAGGCGCUGCCGUCCGAGACGCACCUGGUGCUGCGGGGCCCGGCCGAGGCCCGCGCCUGGCGGCGGGAGGCGGCGGUGACGGGCGCGCUGCAGGACGAGCCCGCCUGGAGCCGGGCGCUGCCACCGGAGCCCUGCCAGCCGCUGCCGCUGCUGCCCGGCGGCUUCGCCACGCCGCGGCCGCCGUUCUUCACCGCGCUGCCGGCCGGGCUGCGCGCCCGGCGGCUCGCCCUGGGCACGGAGCACGCCCUGGCGCUGGGAGCCGCCGGCGAGGUCUUCACCUGGGGCGGCGGCAGGCACGGGCAGCUCGGCCACGGGACGCUGGAGUCGGAGCCGCAGCCACGGCUGGUGGAGGCGCUGGCCGGGGUGCCCAUGUGGGCAGUGGCAGCUGGCGGGUGGCAUUCGGCCAGCGUUAGUGGUGAGGGGCUGGGCCUGGUGUGGGAGGUCAGGGCGCUGGUGGCAGCAUACGGCCCUGAGGCAGGAGACCUGUACAUGUGGGGCUGGAACGAGUCAGGGCAGCUGGCUCUGCCCUCCAAAGCACUGGUAGAGGAGCGGGCUCAGGAUGAUGUGUGCACAGGAAAUACCAAGCUGGUGCCCCGCCAGGAGCAGUCGGCUGCCAAAGACACCCCAUUCAUCUCCAUCCAGGCAUUCCCAGCGCUGCUGGAUCUGCCACAGGACCUGGAGGUCAGUGGGGUCAGCUGUGGGUCCCGACACACAGCUGUUGUCACACGAGGUGGAGAGCUCUACACCUGGGGCUGGGGUAAAUACGGACAGCUGGGACACGGGGACAUCGCCAGCUCUGACCAGGCACGUCGGGUCGAGCACCUGGUGGCCGAGGGGCUGCGGGCAGAGGAGGUGGUGUGUGGGCCCUGGACCACCUACGUCCGUGUAUUGGAGUCGUGA